AUGUCGACCAACAAGAGGCGCAAAGUAGAUAGCACCGAUACCUCACAGGCCAAUGUGAGUGCCAUCAGUGCCAUUGCAGCACGACGUCGGCUCGCUGGACGAGGCACCGUCGAACCUCCCGAACCACCAGAGGCUCCUAGGAGCUCCUCGGUGGGAAGUCAUAAUGCCUUUAGUAUUCUCCAGGGUCUCAGCCGUCAGGGAAACAGUCCUUCACAGGUUGCCGCCGCUGCUGCGAACGCUUUCCCCAGAAGCUCCAAAGCCCCUCGCUCAUCGGCCAAGAAGGCUGGAGAGCUGCCACUGCAGCUGGGUGACCCUUCUGUGGCAGAUAGUGCUGUAAACGUUCAGUUUUCCUCGUUUCGCCCGACGAAGCAGAAUUGCCGUGUGAGGACAGAUGGUAUCACGGAGCUCAGGCUCGGCGGGAGUGAGCGCUUCGUCGUCCUCGGAAGCUUUGGUGUCAAGGUCCUUGAAGGAGAAGUCACGGUGGCAGGUGCCUUGCUCCGACCAGACGAUGAUGUCCACUGGGUCCAUGCGCCUCUCUGCCAUUCGCUGCCUGUUCUCAGAAACAGAGAGAACACGCGACUCCAACUUCACUCUCAUACCGAUUCCCUCGCCCUGCGUCAGCUGGGACGUCUCUCUCCCUUGUUUAGAAAGAUGUGGAACGAGGCUGGGAGGGGGGGAACGUUUCAAAUGCUCUGCUCAUCAGGCGAUGCCCCUAAGAAAUGCUUCGUCCAGGAACUAGUUUCCCCGCCGGCAUGGAACAAGAAACUGUCGUCGCUCACGAGCGACGCCGCCGCUACCAAGGCUUUUUCUGUGCUUGUGUGCGGACCAAAAUCAUCAGGCAAAUCGACCUUCUCCAAGAUUCUAGUUAACCGACUCGUCACCGGCCGAGCGAGUGCCAGCGGUGUUGCGGUGCUGGAUCUUGACCCUGGUCAGCCAGAAUAUUACCCCCCGGGAACUCUCUCGCUCGUCCAUGUCACCAAGCCCAAUCUCAGCCCCCCCUUCACGCAUACGCUACCUAGACCGUCAUUCUACCGUCUCGUCCGAUGCCAUGCCCUGGCCUCGGUGUCGCCUGCCUCCGACACGGACUGCUACCUCGCUUUUGCCCUGGACCUCUUCGCUGAAUACCGCAGGACCCUCGCCGACGAGCAGGUGCCCCUCGUGAUCAACACACCUGGAUGGGUCCUUGGCGCUGGACUGGAGAUUCUAGAUGAAGUCAUCAGCUCCAUGGCCCCCAGCGAGGUCAUAUACAUGUCCGAGGAAGGGCCCUCCGAGACGGUCGAGGCCCUGCAGGCGGUCACUACCAGCACGCUGGCUACAUUACCAUCGCAGCCUUCGGAGUUUACAGCCAGAACCGGCGCCCAUCUCAGAGCCAUGCACACGAUGUCGUACUUUCACUCCAAGCCGUCGGGCACCUGGGACGCGACCCUCAUUACGGCUAUGCCCCCCUGGCAGGUCCCGUACGAGGGAUCCCGAGCCGGUAUCCGAGGUAUCCUGUUUUACGAUGCCCAGCCCGAUCUAGCCAUGGCAGCCCACUCAAUCAACGGCAUGGUCCUGGCCUUGGUUGAGGUGGAAGACGCCAAGGCGUACCGCAACCUCCUCCUCGAGCCCGGUAGACCUACUCCGGUCCCGCAGGUUGCAUCAUCCCCAGAGGGUAUCCCCCUAUUGCGCAGCCCGGGAUACGCCGUCCUGGACCCCAAACACUCGCGUGCUGUCGGGCUCGUGCUGAUCCGCGGCAUCGACAAGGCGAGACGGGAGCUGCAUCUCGUUACACCCAUUUCGCUCGAGCAGGUGCGCGGGAUACAUGGUCGCGGGAGAGAUCUCGUGCUUGUCCACGGGAAAUUCGACGUUCCUAAGUGGUCGUAUACCGAGGACCUGCAUUACAGAUCCGACGGUGGCGGUGUUUCUGCUUCUGCUUCUGCCUCUGCCGCUACGACGAGCACAACAACAGGGGAGAAGACAGCUGAUGGCGUGGAGGAGCAGAUUGAGGAUACGAGCGAGGAUGACUCGGACAUGGAGCCUGAGAACGCCCGUGAAGCCAAUGACGUCGCGGCUGCGAGCUGGGUAGAGGUGCUCACGGGGAAUGAGAAGAGGCCGGUGGGGUCCAAGGUCUGGAGAGUGCGCAGGGAUCUGGGACGGCACGCAGAGUGA